UUAUGUCUUUGUAUUCAGUCGGAUUAGGGUCAUCGGGGUUUAAAAAUGUCAAGCCGCCGGCCGAGCUGAGAUCUUCCGCAUUUCUCUACUAGAGAAUACUGGAGACGCGUGCACAUAGUGGAAAAGUUUUAAGAGUUUUCGAUCGGAGGAGCAGAGCAGAUUGGAAAUGGCGACGGAAUCGUCGGAGGGAGAAGAGGAAGUGAAGCUGACAGGAGGGAACCAGGUUUUAAUGGUCGACGACAAUCUCCGAGAAAUGGGGAAGAAGGCCGCUUGGAGCGUCAGCUCUUGCAAGCCCGGCAAUGGCGUCUCCUCUCUCCGCGACGACAAUCUCGACUCCUAUUGGCAAUCAGACGGCGCUCAGCCUCACCUCGUAAACGUUCAAUUCCAGAAGAAAGUAAAGCUCCAACUUGUUGUUCUCUAUGUGGAUUUCAAGCUAGAUGAGAGCUAUACGCCGUGUAAGAUAUCUAUUCGCGCCGGGGAUGGGUUUCACAACUUGAAGGAGAUUAAAACUGUGGAACUUGAUAAGCCAACUGGUUGGGUUUACAUAUCCUUGUCUGGAAACGAUCCAAGGGAAACUUUUGUCAAUACCUUUAUGUUGCAAAUUGCUGUGUUGUCUAAUCACCUUAAUGGGAGGGAUACUCAUGUUCGCCAGAUCAAAGUCUACGGGCCCCGACCGAACCCUAUUCCUCACCAACCAUUUGAGUUUACCUCGCGGGAGUUCAUUACUUACUCGUGUAUACGAUGAGACUGUAUACGAGCAAAUAUGAGUUGGGUGAGGAACCAUGUGAUCCGCGAGCCACAAUGAAAGUUUGAAGCAUGUAGGAUUUAGACACUCCAAAGUUUUACUGUAAAUCGGUAACAGAGGUUAGUUGACCCCUUUAAGUAUUUCCAAUAUGAAUUGAGCUGGGGAGUUAUUAUUUGGGUGCUUUAUGUCUUUGGUGCUCGUUUAUAGUCUGAGAAAUGGAGGAAUGUUCCAGGACUUAAACUGUGAUGUGCUAACUUUCUUGUAAGUGUCACUGCCCAUGAGGCUGCGUGAAUGUUCUGAUUGGUGGUUUUUCUAGGGGUAAUGUUUUCCUAGAAAUUGAUUCAAGAGAAUGACUAUAAGACGUUAUCUAUUAUCACGU